AUGCUGGUGUCAUACAUUGUUAAUCGGUUCUGUAUGUAUAUUGCUUUCUUCUACCUCUGUAGAAUUGUUAUAGCUACUAAUUGGUAUUUUCCUAAGUUUUCAGUUGUUUUCCAAGAUAGAAGAAUGUCAAGCAUUCAACCAGGCAAUAAGGAUAAUACUUAUGAAUAUUGUGCUUGUUGUUGUGUAUCCAAACCAAGUAAUAAAUCAUCGGUAUCCAUGUACUCGUCGAUGUCAGACGCAUAG